AUGUCUCAAGGCAAUAACAACCACAUGGACAACAAUCACAGCUACCACAUCAACGACGAUCAUGAGAUCGUCCACGCGGAAAAUAUCAAUAACAACAGACACGUCUUGUCUCACACCACCAACAACAACAGCAACGAUAAUAUCUACCGCAUCAACGACGAACAUGAGAUUGUCGACACUAUCGUCCAGAUCGACGCAGAGGAUCCCGAACAGCCCAGCCAAUACCAAGAUAUCGAUGCGACCACAACCACUACUAUGGCUAUACCCGGUGCAGGCGGCAAACCGACCAAGAAGCGAUUGAAUAUCAACCCUGCGAAGGCUGUCAUUGGUGGUAUCUCGCAGAGCGCUAAUGCCGUUAAGCAGGGUGCUAAUGUUGUCAAACAGGGUGCCAGUGCCGUCAAAGGAGGCAUCUCCCAAGUGGAGAACGGAUUGACGGAUGUUGGUGGUAAACUGACAAAGGUCCCCGGAAUCAGUCAAGGCGUCUCUAUCUUUGCAGACUACCGCAAGUUCCUCGAUCGUGGCAAUGUCAUCGACCUCGCCGUGGCUGUCGUUAUUGGUGCUGCGUUCACUUCUAUCGUCGACAGUUUGGUCAAGGAUAUCAUCUCGCCCAUAGUGGCGCUCGCUUCCGGAAAGGCUCUCGAAGAGAACUUUGUCGUCCUACGUAAGGAUGACACCAUUGCCAACCCAGACGUAAGAAAAUCAUCUUACAACUCUCAUAACAGCUGA